UGUUUUAUUUUAAUGCUAUUUAAAGUAAAUUGAUGUAAAUCAUAUUUAAAAUUUGUGAAAAGUGUAAAAAAAUAAAAAGAAUUGUUCAAUCUUAAACUGUACAAUAGUGAAUAAUAUUUUUUAUUAUAUUGGUUUAUUUUAUCGAAUAGUGCUAAUUAUAAGAAUAUGAAAUUUAACACUGGAAUAAAAAUGGAUAAGUUUAUAGGUCGAAUUGAAGAAAUUGAUGAGUUUGAUAAAGAAAUUGAAGAAGAAAAUAAACUCAAGAAAGGUACCAACAUGGACGCGGAAGCCGCCUUGCUGGAGGAGUCUCCGACCAUGUCGACAAUCACUUAUUCAGACUCGGAUCAAACAUAUCCAGAUACUGAACCCCCAUACUCACCAGAUUCAUCAAUAAUGAUCAGUCCAAUGUAUAAAAAAUUACGCGAAGAAGAAUUCAUACCAAAACCCAUUCCCAGGCAUUCGAUACCACCUCGGAAACCAAAAUUCAGCAUACGACCGCCUUAUCUUAUGAUAUUCAUCAGUAUCAUUGAGAUAACAGUUCACUGUGUGGCAGACGAAACAAUACGAAGGUGGCUUGUGUAUGAUCCACGACAGAGGGUACAAGGUUGGAGGUUCGUUUCAUACAUGCUGUUGCAUUCAGAUGCUCUUCACCUCACAUUGAACGUGGUCAUUCAACUGGUACUGGCCAUGCCACUCGAGAUCGAGCAGGGACGUCUAGCAGUUACGGCUAUUUACUUAGGAGGUGGUGCUUGUGGUGCUCUUGGUGCCUCUCUACUGCAGCCAAGUCUUCUUCUUCUUGGUGCUUCAGCUGGUGUCUACGCAUUACUCACCAGUCAUCUUGCACAUCUUUAUUUAUGUCAUGGAGAGCUUCGUUACGCUGGCUGGCGUCUUCUUGCUGUUCUACUUCUUGCUGGAGCAGACGUAGCCUCUCUUCCAGUUCCAGCUCUUCUUGGAUGCGGACGUGUGGGAUGGGCUGCUCACGUAGCUGGAGCACUUGCCGGACCGCUUUUAGGCUUGGCAGUAUUUCCCAAUCAAAGCAAAAAGGACUCAAGAGGUCGACGAUUUGUUCGCUUCGUCAGAUUUGUUUCUGGUAUUAGUGUUGCACUUUUAGUAAUUGGAGCCAUCUUAGGAAACAUUUAUCUUAUAGCUUUGCCCCAAUUGAGGAAACCUUCCUGACAAAGAAUUGAAAUGCUCGUGAAACUGUGCAAGAAAUCAUUUCUCAUUGUUAAAAUCCGAGAAAAUGCCGACUCCAUUUACGAGUAAUUGAAAAACAAAACUGUGCAAAACUUUUUAAAAACCGUUAAAAAAUUGUGGACAUUUAAAAACGCGUUAUUUGGAAACAAUCUAUCAUUGAAAAAAACCAUUGUGUCUGUGUGUAUUUAAAGAAUAAUUGAUAUUUUAAAAAGAAAAGGACACUGCGACUUUUGCUAAAAGGAAAAAAAAUAAAUAAAUUCAAGUGGCCUCCUAAAAAGAAUUUAAAUUCGAGGAUGAAAAAGAUACUAUCUUCACUGGAGAGACCAAUUGUAGUUACUUGAAACAAUUAUUUUCAAUGAUAAAGAAACUCUUGACAGGUUAUGUACACAAAAGUGUUUAGAACGCUUCGAAAAUCUUAAAAACCCACCGUGAGGGAGUACUUUUUGUCAGAAUGUAUAACAGAAUAUGAUUGUUAUCAUAAUUAUAUUUCGUAGAAAGAGGAGACUCACUAAUUCAAGAACUAAGAUGAAAAUAGCAGUAUCAGGUUGUUGACCCACUUUUCAUUCUCUUUAAAUACAGAAAGCUACUCUUCAGUCUAAAAUAAAUUCUUGUUAUCUCAUUAACAAUAUCUGUUAGAUAAUUAUGAUUUUAUAAAAAAAUUAAAAAAUAAUAAUAAUAAUAAUAAUAAUAUUAAUACAUUUCAUUAUGCUGCAAAUUAACUUUAAAUCUUGUUUGUUUAUAUUCGAUACCAAAAAGUUUACCGUUUAAUUUUUUUGCAUUGGUGCUGUAAAAAUAACAAUACUAAUUACAGAAUAUUUUUAAACGAUGAAUAAUUAUUUAAAAUGAGGAAAAAAGUAAAAAAACUUUUAUUACACUUCAGAGGAUGAUAGUAAAGCGAUUAAUAAUUAAGUUUUUAAAUAGACAGUGACCUGAUACUACUUUUAAAUUUUAGUAACUUAUUUUUUCAAUGAUAAAGAUACAUUUAAAAUCAGGUUUUUUAAAAAUAUAUUUAAAUUGUGGUCCAGGAAUAUUUCAAGGGGACAUAUCCCAUACAGAAUAUUGAAUGAUUCUUCAGAAAUGUACUUUUAUGAAACUAUUAAAGAUACAACUUAUAAAAUAUUAUCCUCUUAAAUAGCAUGUAUUUAUCUUUAAAAAAAUUAACCUCUAAAAAUUUUUUUUAAGAAGGGAAAAAGUAACUUAGACCUUCGAGCAUUUCGAAAUAUUUUUGUAUUUAUUUUAAAUGUUCAUUAACAUUUUUUUAAUUAGAGAUAAUCGGUGAUAGAGAUAGAGAUCGCAAUUCUUUUCUGAGACAAAGUAGGUCAGAUAAAAAAGAAACCUGGCUUUUCGGAGUAUAUGAUUACGAAUCUGAAGUCAAAAUUCAAAAUGGCGGAUUCAAUAUGGUGGACAAAUUUAUCCUCUAUACAUCAGGUUCCCUUUAAACAUCUGUAACAUAUUAUUAUAAAAAAUUAAUAUUUUUUGUAUUUUAAUAUCACAAUGUUUAGAAAAUUACAAUCCUGGGUGCCUCCCUACAUCUUAAGGCUUCACAAAAUAUUCCAGAACCACAUUUAAAGUAUUUUUGAUAAGAAAAAUCUAAAUAAUAUUCCGGUUUAUUUACCAUACAUAGCAAAAAUAGGGGGGGGGAAUGUUAUUUCAAAAAAUUUUAUUAUUUUUUGGACAACCUUACUAAAUAGUCAGUAUUAACAAAUCUUAAGUUCAACAAAACAGACUUUGACGCCUUCCUGUAAAGUAAAUCUCUAGACUUGUAAUAAAUAUCUCCAUCAGUGCUAAUGUAAAAAAUUACCUAACAAAUAUUUCUCUGCCACGUGAAAGACAAUUUUUACAAUUAAAUAUCCAAAGUAGUAUUUUAGGAAGAAAAUUAUUCGAAGUCGGACUGAAAAAAAAGAUAAAAAUUUGUAAUUAGAAAGUAGAACAUUUUUAAAUAUGAAUUUUAACUUUACUUUAGGUUUUAAAUUUAAGCAAUAUAUACUAUUAUAUAUUUAUAUAGAAGGUUAUUUAACAUUUUAUUGACUCAUUUCCAAUAAAAUAUCUUUUUCAUCUAUUAGAAUAUUAAUCUCUUUAUAAAUACAUAAUAAGAAUACUUUUUACAAUGUUGUACAAGUUCAGUUAACUAUAAAUAAGUCUCUAUUUAAACAGUAAUAUUAUAAUUAAUUAAUAAGCUCAAAUAAUCCGAAUUCUGAAUAAUUGAUCUAUAGGUAGGUUUGCAUAGUUUUCGCUAUCAUUGCCCUCAAUCUACAUAAUAAAUAUUACAAGCAAUGUAAAAAAAAGAUAAAAAAAAUCUUUAUCGAUUUGAAGAAAAGAUUAAUUAUUCAGGAAUCGUGAUGACAAUUUUUUCGUGGCUAUAUUUAAAAUCAAUUUUUAUUCCUUUAGUAUAUGAUGAUCUAGAAAUAAACAUAAAUAAAUAUUGUAUUUACUAAUAAUAUAAAAAUAUUAUAGUUAUCGAAUAUUUAAAUAAAUCAUAUAUCGCCACCCGAUUUGACGAUGUCUGAUUUACAUGUUGAGAAAGAUGCUGCCAAAAAUAUAACUGCUGACAAUUUGUAUUAUAGUAAAGAGUAUAUCUUAUCCCAGUGACAAUUUGAUUAAUGAAAAAGUGUUAUAUCCAUAUUAUUACAUAAUAAUCAUACUGUAACUAUAAUUGUUUUUUAUCGACAUUAUGAAAUAAACUGGCUGUGAUUAUUUUAGUGUUAUUAUCACAAUUACAGUGUAAAUAAUUAUUAUACUGAGAUUAAAUACAGAAUGAUAAAAUUAUUAUGAAUGAUAAGAAUUCCCAGUGUGUAUCGAUACAAUCAAUUAAGUGCAAUAAUAAAGAACCUAGCAUUCAA